CCCUAUGACUUAUCAUGUCUUCAGUACACGCCAAGAUCCAAGAAGCUGCAAGCCAGAAUGCAUUUCUCCUUCAAGGCCUUCAUGAAACAGAUUCAGCACCCUCGCAACUUCGGCAGCAAGAUGCGUACAUCAACGACCUCAACGCGCAGAUGGCCAAAAUCAACGCAAAGGUUACCGAUUUGAAGGAGAAGACUGCGACCGAACUCAAGGACCAUGAGAAGUAUCGCGAUUCCAACGUGCGGCGCUUCGCCCAUAAAGCUAUGGGUCGCAAAGAAAAAUUUGCCGAAAAGGCAGCCAAGGAAGAGAAGGAAUAUUUUGAUGCCAUGCAAGCCCAAAAAAGCGCCGAGGACGAACUCACAUACGUCCAACACUUGAAAUCCGAAGCUGAAGGCGCUCGUAAAGACUACGCAGCGUCCGCCGAAAGGCACAACUAUCUACAGAACCAGCUUGACGCGCUGUACAAUUCCAUCUUCGCAGGUCACACUCCCGAUUUUCCGCUCGAAGAUCGCGCUGAGGAAUCUUGCAAUACCGCGCAACACCACCUCUCCUCCCUCCAUCAACGCAUGGAGAUGGAGAAACACACGCUCUUCCUCUUGGGCCAGAUAUCCUCCAAGCUCAGCGAUGCUCGGACCGCUCUCGAUGGCGCAUACAGCAUGUCUCAGUAUGACCUGUUUGGCGGCGGAACUAUGGCAUCGAUGCAAAAGCGCAAUUAUCUAGAACGCGCCGAGUCUUGCAUCCAACAAGUCCGUAUGCUGCAGCAACAACUACCCCAUGACGUCCCACAGUUGGGUGAGUUGCAGAUUGCAAGCGGCAGUAUAUGGAGCGAUGUUGUGUUUGACAACAUCUUCACUGACAUGGAUAUGCACGAGAAAGUCAAGCAGAGCAUCGCACAGGUUGAUCGCGUGGGGGCGCAGUGUGGGGACAUCAUUCGCGGGCGCGAAGAGGGAUUGAAACGGUUGCAGAGAGAGGUCACGGAGGCUGAGGAGGGGUUGAAGAAGGCGCGGGUAGAGUUGCAGAGGGCGAGAGAGGAUGCGUUUAGGAGGGUGGUGGAAGGUCAGAGUGGUAUGGGAGAAGGACCGCCUGGAUAUGCGGCACCGAGCGGAGCACCGCCGGGGUAUACUGUGUAA